GGGGCGGCCAUGGACCCGGAGCUGCCAUGAUGGCGCCGGCGCGAUGGUGGAGCUGCGGGGUUCCGUGCGGCGAAAGCGGUGCUCCGCCACCCCACAUCCCCGCCGCCACCUGCCCCGUGCCUCGGGGAUGCCGGACGGUCAGGGGAAGGCGGCGCAGGGGCACCGCCGUCGGCCCCGUCCGUCCCCCAUCAGAAUCCAGUCUGUCCUCCGGAGAGGGAACUGAGCCGUCCUCCGUCAUUGCAGUGGGGCACUGCUGGGCUGUGAGAAGCGGCGGCUGACCACAAGCAGCGGGACCCGCCCGGCCUCCGGGAGCAGCUCCUGGCUGAGCCGAGCAGCCCCGAAAGAGAGGGACUGAUCCCGCGGGUCGAGACGUGUUCAAGCCUGGCAGAGAGUCAGGCGGGCGCCUUCGGUUCUUGCUUGGCUCAAAUCGGCAGCAGCGCGUGCUGAGCUCCUGCCCCGCAGGUGGAGUCCCCAACUCCCGUUUUCCUUAUCCCGGUCUGUCCCCGUGCGGAGCUCCCGGAGCUGCGUGAAGCCGACACGGAGCCGCUUCGUGUUGGCCCUGAGGAGGGGAGCUGUGAGGGGGGAGCGAUUGUUAGGAUGGAAACUGGUUGGGAAUAUGGACAUUUCUCUGCUUAUUGCUCUUUAUGUGAAAUGAUUAAAUGUUGAGCGUUUGUUUUUCUACAUUUCUGCCUGCAGUUGUUUCUGCAGCUCCAAAGACCCUCCCACUCCCCCCCCCCAUCCCUGUGCCCACCUCUGGGUAAGGACGGGGCAGCACCAAUGGCAGCGUCAUAGGACUGCAACCACCAGCCCCAUCCUUCCCCCCCACAUCCCCUCCCCUCCUCAGCGCUGCGUGGGAAAUGGUUGGGGUGGGAUUCUGGGAGAGCUGGGGCGGCUUGGCCUGCAGAAGAGGAGGCUCAGGGGGAUCCCAGGCACGGCCAUCAGCCCCUGCAGGGAGGUGCAGAGAGGACGGAGCCGGGCUGCACCCAGCGGUGCCCAGCAGCAGGACCAGAGGCACUGGGCACACGCUGCAGCACAGCAGGUUUCCCUGUAUGACACCUCUGAGCCCCCACAUUGGGUCAGUGUCAUUGGCUAUUUUUGCCAAUGGUCACGAUGCAGGAGUUGAGUGCAUCCUUGUGACAUCCACCGGGCAUCCUAAGGCACGAGGUGCUGCUGGCACUCCUGAGGUUUUUAAGGGGCAGCAGGGAGAACCGGAGGGCUCAGGGCAGUAGCUGGGGGCUCUUGGAGGCACUUUGAGGUGCCGCGGGUUCAGAAUUGUGUUUUUCCUCCCGUUUCACACAGAAGGUGGCAGUUCGGCUCAGUACCUCGAGGUGGCAGCAGGACCCCCAACAACAGAAACAUCUGCUGCCCAGAGCCCCAUGUAUAGCUGUGAGAAUGAUGGAGGGUGUACUAAACGUAGCACAUGCACAGGGCUUAUGAUUCCCGUGACACAGGGAUGACAUAUUCGUAUAGCCUUUCUAUUAUGGUGCCAGAUAGUAUUUCAGCGUUAGAGAGAUAUGAAUUGUCGGAGAGUAUUCCAUCGUAGUUUAAGCCUAAGAGGGCACCAUCCUAUAACAAAAUACAGAGUGAGCCUUAAACGUUGUCAUUCAAUUUAGUUCCCUAAAGCAAAGCAAAGCAAAACAAACACGCAAACACAGCAGCUCCUCUCCUCCCCCUAAAAUAAUGGGUGAAAGUCUCCCACCUGUCGCCUUUCACAAAUUGCACGGCCGUUUUAUGGAAAACAGUUGGUUAAAUUGCAAACUAAACUGAACUCCUAUUUUCUAUAAUUAUGAGACGUACUGUGAGUCCAGAAGGAAAAUCCCUACUGCAGAGACGCACAAAAGCACGGAGCAUUUGUGCUGCUCUUCUCAAGAGGAGCAUUUCCAAAAGAGGGCACCAGAUACAUGCUUUUAAACUGCAUUCCUACUGCUUUCUUGAGCCUAUUUCCCCCUCCUUUCCCCACGACUUCCUCCACAACAGGUACGGAACACCCUAAAUGGAAAGUACUCACAUUUUGCCUUGUCAUAUGUUGUGCUUUUCGACACCAAACCUGCCUUUCCUUUGUGCUGGAAUAACCUCCUUUUUAUUACAAUUGGCCGUGUGACAGGGAGUCAUUGCUAUUUCACUGCGUUACUGCAUUCACACCCACAGCUGAGCAGCAUAGAUAGGGCUUUACUGUUGGGUUCCUGACUGCUCAGCCAGUUUUGUUCUCCCUGGCUUCUCCCUGACUCAGAAGAGUCAUAGGCAUGUUAGAGCUUAGAGUUCCUUUUUUUUUCCUGUGCUGUAGGGCUUGGCCUCCAGUUUUGGCUUUGUUUAUAUCCCAAGGUAUCAGAUAGCAAAUCAAGUUCAAGGCAGUGCAGCUGAUGCACUGGGACAGCAGCAACAUUCCUUAUGGUUGCUAGCCAACCUGGGAAAAGUUACCCUCUCCUGUGCAGAUCCUACACAGCCUUCCCACAACCCCUAAGGCCUCUUCCAAGAGUUUGGAACUCAAGCCCAGCCUCUUCCAAAUGCUGAAAGAAAAAACAACAACUGUUAAAUUUCCUUUAUGUUUCUUGCAUCUUACAGUACAUAUGGUUUAGAAAACACUACGACAAGCUUAAUAUGGAAUGGUCUUCCUAGCCUCAAGCAGCAGAAGUAACUUCUCCCAGUUAGGCAGGGAAUUAGCCAUUUUUCCUAUAUAAGAAAAACAAGAAUGUUUGCAUGGUAACAGAAUGUUUACAAUCUGACAUCCACAUCCACUGUAAAUCCACAGGGUUCAAACAGCAGUCAGAUAACACAAACGAGAAAGAAGCACGAAAGUGGAGGAGUCUGUGUAGAAGUGGUGGUACUUAGGAGGAAGGCACGGUCUGUCUUUAUGCUUUGUGGAUACAGUCAGAUCAGAAAGCAUUGUGCUUUAUGGCACAGUUUCCUUGGCCAAAGGAUGCUUUGGCAGCAGAGGUUUGCUGUGAGGAGGCAUUAGGGCACUGAAGAAAAGGCUGCUGUGCACUGGGCCCAGAGACAUCAGCUCACAGCACGUCACUGGUGGUGGAUAUCUGCAAGCUUUGUGUCUGUCAGUGACUGCUCUGAAGGCUUUGUAGUCAGCUGUCCAUGGCUGUUUUGCAUUUUAGGGUGUAGGAAGAGAUGACAACGCAGCAAUUGGAGUGAUGGUGUCCUGCUCGGAAAUGGAUGUGCUGGAUAGCAGAAGAGGAUUCUUGGCCAAGUAUGGAAUCAUCUCUGUUCCUUCACAAAGGUAAAUUUUUAAAAGGUAAACACACAGAGGUGGAUCCUUCAAGGCAGGAUGCCUUGAAGGAGGUGACCCUCACUUGACAUCAGUCAGGUAUUUCAGUGCAGCUGAGAUUAAGGAGACAUUACAAAGCUCUGAAAAUGUUCCUGAAUGUUUUUAGUUGUUCAAUUGUCUAAAAGAAUACAAGCAAUGCAAAAAACAAGGAAAGAAAGAAGCAGAACAGCACCAACUGCAUGUCCUGAACAGAAUCCAGCUUUAAUAGAGAUUAAAAAUUAUUCCCAUUCCUUUUUCUUCUUAGUGACUUAAUUUGUUCUCACCUUCUCUCUCUGCUCUCUCCACACGCCUUCCCAUUUCUUACAUGUCCUGUUCUCCUACUGUUGAACUCCUGUCGUCUUUAUUUCUCUUCCUUUCUACCUUUGGAAUCCCUUCCCUGAUGCCCCUUCCCUCCUUUGCCUCUUCUGUCUUUUCUAACUUCACCUCUCUGCUGUCUUCCUCUCCUCUACUUCAUUUCUUUUCCAUACUCUUCUCUCCCUUUUCUCUGCGCCAUUAUUUCUCUUCUUCCUUCUUCUGCACUUCUGUGCUCUGCUGUUCCCUCCUCUCAGUCCUCCCCUGCCCAUUACUCCUCUUUUCCUUUUCUCCUCCUCACUCCUGUUUCCCCGUUUCUGCUUUACCUCUUCCCACUGAUGUGGCGACUCAUCUACUCUUAGGUUCUUCUCCCUUAGUAUUAUCCUCUCCUCUUCUGCUGGGUCAUCUUCCCUCUGUCCUUGCUCCUCUUCAGCUGGCUAUUAAUUCUCCCCAUGACGGCUCCUAUUGUGCCAUUCUUUCUACCCCGCAUCCUCACUUUUCCUUCAUCUGCGUCUGCACUCCUCUUCCACUGUUCUUUCUUCUGUGUCUCCUCAGUCCUCUUUCUUCGGCAUCUGCACUCCUUUUCUCCUGUUCUUUCUUCUCUGUAUCCUCACUCCUAUUUCUUCUGCCUCUGCUUUCCUCUCUGCUCUUCUUUAUUCCCUGUAUUCUCACUUAUCUAUCUUCUGCAUCUGUUCCCCUUCUCCUGUUUUUUCCCCUGUAUCCUCACUUCUUUCUUCUGACCGCUCUCCUUUUCUGCUCUUCUUUGCUCCCUGUAUCAUCUCAUCUUCUGCAUCUGUACUCUUCUGCUGUUCAUUUUUUCCCUGUAUCUUUCCCCUCUUCCCACCUCCUGUACUUCUGCCAUACCUCUUUUCUCUCUUCUGCUCUUAAGCUCCUCUCCGCUUCUGCUUUUCUGUCUCAUCUGUAUCCACUCAUCUUUUUUUCAGCUUUUCUUCCCACCCGCUUGUUUUUCUUACCUUCAUUCUCUUUUUCUUCUCCUCCUCUUCUGCUCUUGUUUCUUCCCUGUGUCUGUUCUUCUCUCCUUCUGCUCUUAUCCUUCUCAGCAUCUGUCAUAGCUUUAUCCUCUCUUCUCCUCUUCUGCUCAUCUCCUCUUCUGCUGUCUUGCCUGUAUCAGAUCCUUUCCUCUGUUGCUCUUUUCAUCUUCUGCACUUCUUCCUUACCUGCAUCCUUCCUACUUCUCUUCUACUCUUGUUUUACCAGCAUGCUUUUUCCUCCUCUCCAGCUCUCCAAUCUGUUCCUGCUCAUCUCUCUUAAUUUCAUCCUCUCUUCAGCACCUCUCUCUUACCUGUAUCCACUCUUCAUAGGCCAUGGAAAGAAAGGUGCUUGCAAAGCAAAGGCAGGCAGGUGCUUGCUUAGCAACAGCAGGUGUGCUUGAAAAAGGUCUGACUUGAAGUGAGGGUGCAGAGCAGAUUUAACCUCUGCAGGCGUGUAUGCCAGAGCAUGAAGCAUCGUCAACGAGCACGGGGUAGCACCAGCUUGAAACAGGGGAAGCUUCCACAGAGCCCCCAGAUGGAGUCCCAGGGUGAUGAGAUGAAGCUGAUUUUGGCAGCAUUAACGGUGGUUUUCCAGGAUCUGUGCCUUCUAGGGCUGGGGGCUGUCACUGGGGUUGCUUUCACAGGACACCCCCCAGCCCACCUCGGGACCCACGGGGAGUCUGUCGGUGACAAAUGUGUCACUGAGUGACAGCAUCAGGGUGGGAAUGCGUGGAGCACAGUGCCCAGGGCAGAGCCAAGCGGCGCUGGGGGGGGGUCAGCCCCAGGGAGAAAGCCUCCCCCAUGGAAGAAACAGAUUGCUUAAUGCCGUGGGUGAGAUGUUGGAGAACAGCAAAUUAAUGAGGUUAAAAGGUGCCGCCCGGGUACUGUGGGAACCUCCUCCCACCCUGCAAGUGCUGUCCAAAGCUCUCCAGUGCCCCCUGCUGCUCUUUGCAGUUCCCCACUAAGCUCCCGUUGCCUCCCAGUAUUGUCCAGAGUCUCCUUGUGCAAACUCAGUGCCCCCCAGUGCUGCCUGGAGCCACCCCAGUGCUGUAUGCGGCCCUCAGUAGCCUCCCAGUGCCCCCCAGUGGACUUCCCAGUGCCCCCAGUAGUGCCCAGUGCCCCCAGUUCAACACACCCACUGCUCAGCACGUGACCGUCGCCUUCCCCAGGAACA